CACACACACGCACACAGAUGGAUACAGCCAUUGCCUUUGAAAGCACGCCGGUCGUUGUUCUGUCUUCUCUCGCCUGACGCCGUUCUCGGAUCUCGCCGUAUUGCCAGGGAACGUGGCAGUCUGCUGCUGCUCGCGACCCCAUCCUUCCGCGUGCGGCACGACGACAGAACACCAGCAUUGCUCGGCCAGACAAUCGAAUGCCACUUUGGUCUCUAACAUACAUGUACGCAAUGACUUACAUCACAACAACAUCCUGCAUCGCGCUCGUGUUGAAACUGACAAAAAAAGCCGCCACGUCGUCGAUGAGCACAACCUCGUAGGUCUACCCUCAUGCAACCAGUGAUUGAACGACGAGCCAAUGCCAAUGGCUUUCCGUUGAACCAGUGGCUGGGAAGACAGGAAGACAGAGAAAAGUGGAGGUGAAUUCAACUGCAGUGUCCACGCACCAGAAAACGAGCAAGGACGGCAUGCUCCGUGGCACUUGACGUCCAUCUUGCGUGUGACCUCUGUCUUGUGUUCCUGUGAAUGCAUGUCUUCUACUCGUGAGACUUGAACUUUGAUCCCUGUAUCCCCGUGUGGUCGCGCUAUGCUGCAGCGGCCUAUGUAUAAUAAUUAUUAUGUCAAUGUUUCUGCAACGCCAUCAUAGCGCUAGCAAGUGCCCAGGAGGACUCGGAAUAUCUUUCGUGGUAGUUCUGGCUGUUUUAGUGCGCCACCUAUCGGUCAUAGGCGCUCAAACCAUCGGGUCGCAGCCGGCGCAAAACUACACAACUGAACCAGACCCCAAAGCCAAGGUCACAAGUGUGCCUGCAGCGGCUUUUGUUCCCUCUGUGCUCUCCUAUGAUGCAAACCUGUCCAGUGUUUCUGCCCUCUCGCUCACUCUCGGUUGCCAAUCCCAAGAUGGCGUGCAUCUCAUGUCUCUGCCGCUGGAAACCGCCAUCAAGACGGCGCUCGAGCCCGGAGAGGGUAUACUGACAACGUAUGUAAACUGUCUUGUCUUCUCGGACAGCCGCCAAUCCCAAACCAGCCCGCUGAUCAGAGAGGCCGUGAUCACGAUCAACACCGGAGGAAGCUCUGUUCGAGAAUCGUUCCAGCUGGCUCUGUCGUGCCACGGUGCCUCCGCCAAGCGCACCUACUUCUCACAUCCCAAAGCAGUUCAGAUCCACAGCGCCUGUACUGGCUGUAACGAUGCUCCGCAAGUAUGUACAGGCUGUCAGCUCAAGUGUCCACAUGGUCUGCUGCAGUCACAUGAGUGUGAUGCUUGCUUGGAGCCACCCACUAUACCAUCGGCAACGCUCCCGGCAGCACUAACGGAUCUGAACAUCAGUGCUAUGCCAACAGCAAUGCCGGAUGGCUACAAUGUGAGCUCAGCCGCUGCACUGGUGACACCUUCCGCGCCGCUGAACACGGCUGCGUCUACACCAGCCGAGACUACUGACAUGGCGAACGCACACACUGGCGACUUGAACCUACCACAAUCCACUGCUGAUAGCGUUGGCACUGUAGUAGACAUUGCAGCCACAGUGGCACCAAGUCAUCCUGAUGCAGCACAGGCAGCUGCACUUCCCGUGCCCAAGGAGGCCAACCAGCAAAUUAUUCUGCCGCCGGCUACGAAAACAUCUAAGGAUGUAGCCGUAAGUACGAAACCAGCCGAGUACUCUAAGCUCACUGUGACUGCUCCUGCUGAUCUGUCAACUGCGGCUCAGUCCAGUAGAGUUACGACAGAGAUCGCAACACAAGCUCCUGACGUGAACACUCAAACUCUGGAACAGAAAGAUCCGCGUCAACCAGUGGGUGCGCCGACUGUAGACAGUGCCAUAGUGUGGACUACUGAACUUCCGGUAACAACGCCACUCCAGCACGACCUUGCUGAUGUGACAGAUCCUACCCACGGCACCUUUGCUACGGAUGCAACCGGUGGUAUUGAAACUGGAGAUAGUGCCACUAGGCUCUCAAAGAAGUCAGAAGCUACAGCUUCUCCUCCAAUGUACAGUACAGUGGAUGCAACCAGUGCGGCUGGUUUGGAAAGUCCAUUCAGCGGAGCUCAAAGUUCUCAGCUGGGCGCUACUACAGAAAGUACCCUCUCGGAGAGUGGUCCGCCGUCUGAACAUACUGCUUCCGUUGUGUCCUCGCUUGUGUCUCCAACCACUGGAAACGUGCAGAGUACAACGGAACAGAAUGCUCCACAACACACAGCGGCUAGCAGUGGACCUGCUCUAGACGAAGCUACUGCAUCCAGUGACCUAUCAGCAGCAAUAACAACACUGCAUCAGGGUACCCUAGGCAGAACUCCAUCGCCCAGUCCGAUGGAAGCUCGCACCACAACCGAUGUCGGGAAUGAAUUCACCAUCAUAUAUGCAGAUUUGGGCGUAAAUGAUACACUGGACAAUGGUUCACUGGCACUCGCUGUAACUGUGCCCACUGGCCAGCCAUACGGCCGCAUGUCUGAUGUGAACAUUCCACAUGAUCCACUGCAAAAACCUCCCGUGCACAAUCCCAUUGAAUCUACGCCACCAAGUUAUCCUUUGCAUGUUGCUACUACCCACGUCAGCACGAAUGAAGGUGCUGAAAUUGCUCCUCCAGCAGAGAAUGAUACCAACAGCACAGAACAGACCACUGUGAGUCAGCCUAGUGAGGCACCGCAUGCUGCUACUGAACAGACUGUUCCACUGCGCAUGCGGCAUACAGCCCAAGUAUCUGGAUCAGCUACAGUAGAUUAUGCCGUGACGCCCACCGAACGUUCCCAAGUAACCCUAACACAAGAUAGCAUAGCUGAAGCACUGGCAGCUGACACGACGGAACCCAGCAGCCACGUACGUGCAAACGACUCCACCACUGACGCAACUCAUAUAGAGACUAUGAAAGGCACUUCUCAACCGGGCACUCACACUGUGACUAUGACGACGGAUCCAGGGAUACAGACUACAGAAGCUGUGCACACACCAUCAACAGAGUUGAAUGUUUUACCCAGCACAUUCAAGACCCUACCUCUACCUGCAGAUGGCAUGUGGAUGCCACCGACAGCUGAAGGCUACGAUACAAGUACAGCUUCAAAUGACUCCAAUGCUAGUGCCACGGUGAAUGAGACUGUGGGUGGAACUACCCCAGAGAAUGAUGUAGGAAGCACAGUGGUACCUGGAACUCAGAGCAUGCAGACCACUGAAGAAGAAUACGCGGUGACAUUGAAUAAUGCACCACCGAUUGUCACUGGACCUUCCCGGAAUAAUUCUGCGAUGCCCACAGUCACAGCCCAAGUUGAUGCAAGCGAUUCUGUUACCAAUGGCACGACCAGUGAGGUCAUGGGAAGUACAGCUAUGGCUAAUGCUGUUCCCAUCACCAUGCCUGCUUCACAGAGCGCAAACACCACUGAAUACUCGAAUGGUGUUGUGGGUAGCGUUAAUACGGAUCCGCACUACACAGCGCAGAGAUCGCCUGUGGAGAGUUCAAGUGUACCAGCUGAAUUACCGACAACAACGGCGACAGGAACACGCAGCAGCGUAUCUGAAGCAGCUACUGUUGCUGCUACAAUAGAACACAUCCGUGGUAACUACUCAACCAGUGAUGCUGCUGCAAUGAAUGACUCUAGUACCGGGAACAAGUCUACUGGUGACACUCCAUACGGCGCAUCUCCAACGAAUGAUACUGUCUCUACAGCAUUACCAUACAGCACUGCAGGCGCACGCAGUGAAACAGAACAGCGAACUAGUCAAGAACCAGUCAACAGGAUGCGGCCAGGAACACCGUUUGAAAAUGUGACCAUGCCCACUACCAAAACCUUUGUAAAUUACUCCACUACUGGCGUUAAUGUUGAUGGGACGAUGGAAAAUACUUUCCCCGCAUAUGACCCUGUUGCUACACCUUUGCCUGUGACUCGGCACAGCGAACAGUCAAGCAGUGUGACAGAGCCAGACAGUUCAGCUGGGAGAUUUCCAACUACCACAGAACAGUCGACUACAGCCCCACGCCAAUGGGCAACCGAAUUAGCGACAAUGGCCUCCUCUGGUGUGACUACGUAUCCCAGUACUGGCACUGAUAGUUCCAUCCAUGAAGAAACUACGGGCAACAAAGCUUACCUGGAUCCUGGACUUCCAUCAUCUCCAAUGGAAAAUACAUCUAAUGCAGCUUCCUUUGCAGAUUCAAAUGUGAUCACCGAUGAACCUGCUGCGGCCUUGACUGACACUGUGCCCACCAAUAGUACUAACGCUAAAUUGGCUGAUGUAUUGCCUAGCAAUGUCACUGCUAGUACCCUGUCCAGAAAUACCACCGGCGAUAACUUCCUCUCUAACAAUGCCACUGGCCGUGUCUUGCUGAGUAAUGUCACUGACGAGGUCUUGCCUAUUAAUGGGCUCUGGCCUAGGAAUACCACACACAAUCUCCUGCCUAGCAAUACCACCAAUGGUUUCCAGCCUAAUGCAACGGAUAGUUUUCUGCGUAUAAUCAUCGAUAGAUUUCAGCCUAAUGCCACGGAUAGUUUGCAGCAUAAUGUCACGGAUAGUUUCCAAUCUAAUGCCACGGAUAGUUUCCAACCUAAUGCCAAGGAUAGUUUCCAGCACAAUGCCACGGAUAGUCUCCAGCACAAUACCACGGAUAGUUUCCAGCAAAAUACCACGGAUAGUUUCCAGCACAAUGCCACAGGUAGUUUCCAGCAUAAUGCCUGGGAUAGUCUCCAGCAUAAUGCCACGGAUAGUUUCCAGCAUAAUGCCACGGAUAGUCUCCAGCAUAAUGCCACGGACAGUUUCCAGCACAAUGCCACGGAUCAUCUCCAGCAUAAUGCCACGGAUAGUCUCCAGCAUAAUGCCACGGGUAGUCUCCAGCAUAAUGCCACGGAUAGUCUCCAGCAUAAUGCCACGGAUAGUUUCCAGCACAAUGCCGCGGAUAGUUUCCAGCAUAAUGCCACGGAUAGUUUCCAGCAUAAUGCCACUGAUAGUUUCCAACCUAAUGCCACGGAUAGUUUCCAGCACAAUGCCACAGAUAGUUUCCAGCGUAAUGCCACGGAUAGUCUCCAGCAUAAUGCCACGGAUAGCUUUCAGCGUAAUGCCACGGAUAGCUUCCAGCGUAAUGCCACGGAUAGCUUCCAGCACAAUGGCACGAAUAGCUUCCAGCAUAAUGCCACGGAUAGUUUCCAGCACAAUACCACGGAUAGUCUCCGGCAUAAUACCACGGAUAGUUUCCAGCACAAUGCCAUGGAUAGUCUCCAGCAUAAUGCCACGGAUAGUUUCCAACAUAAUGCCACAGGUAGUUUCCAGCACAAUGCCACGGAUAGCUUUCAGCCUAAUGCCACGGAUAGCUUCCAGCCUAAUGCCACGGAUAGCUUCCAGCAUAAUGCCACGGAUAGUUUCCAGCAUAAUGGCACGAAUAGCUUCCAGCAUAAUGCCACGGUUAGUUUCCAACCUAAUGCCACCAAUAGUUUCCAGCAUAAUGCCAUGGAUAGUUUCCAGCACAAUACCACGGAUAGUCUCCAGCAUAAUGCCACGGAUAGUUUCCAGCAUAAUAUCACGGAUAGUUUCCAGCACAAUGCCACAGGUAGUUUCCAGCAUAAUGGCACGAAUAGCUACCAGCAUAAUGCCACGGUUAGUUUCCAACCUAAUGCCACCAAUAGUUUCCAGCAUAAUGUCACGGAUAGUUUCCAGCAAAAUACCACGGAUAGUUUCCAGCACAAUGCCACAGGUAGUUUCCAGCAUAAUGCCUGGGAUAGUCUCCAGCAUAAUGCCACGGAUAGUUUCCAGCAUAAUGCCACGGAUAGUCUCCAGCAUAAUGCCACGGAUAGUUUCCAGCACAAUGCCACGGAUCAUCUCCAGCAUAAUGCCACGGAUAGUCUCCAGCAUAAUGCCACGGGUAGUCUCCAGCAUAAUGCCACGGAUAGUCUCCAGCAUAAUGCCACGGAUAGUUUCCAGCACAAUGCCGCGGGUAGUUUCCAGCAUAAUGCCACGGAUAGUUUCCAGCAUAAUGCCACUGAUAGUUUCCAACCUAAUGCCACGGAUAGUUUCCAGCACAAUGCCACAGAUAGUUUCCAGCGUAAUGCCACGGAUAGUCUCCAGCAUAAUGCCACGGAUAGCUUUCAGCCUAAUGCCACGGAUAGCUUCCAGCGUAAUGCCACGGAUAGCUUCCAGCAUAAUGGCACGAAUAGCUUCCAGCAUAAUGCCACGGAUAGUUUCCAGCACAAUACCACGGAUAGUCUCCGGCAUAAUACCACGGAUAGUUUCCAGCACAAUGCCAUGGAUAGUCUCCAGCAUAAUGCCACGGAUAGUUUCCAACAUAAUGCCACAGGUAGUUUCCAGCACAAUGCCACGGAUAGCUUUCAGCCUAAUGCCACGGAUAGCUUCCAGCCUAAUGCCACGGAUAGCUUCCAGCAUAAUGCCACGGAUAGUUUCCAGCAUAAUGGCACGAAUAGCUUCCAGCAUAAUGCCACGGUUAGUUUCCAACCUAAUGCCACCAAUAGUUUCCAGCAUAAUGCCAUGGAUAGUUUCCAGCACAAUACCACGGAUAGUCUCCAGCAUAAUGCCACGGAUAGUUUCCAGCAUAAUAUCACGGAUAGUUUCCAGCACAAUGCCACAGGUAGUUUCCAGCAUAAUUCCUGGGAUAGUCUCCAGCAUAAUGCCACGGAUAGUUUCCAGCAUAAUGCCACGGAUAGUCUCCAGCAUAAUGCCACGGAUAGUUUCCAGCACAAUGCCACGGAUCGUCUCCAGCAUAAUGCCACGGAUAGUCUCCAGCAUAAUGCCACGGGUAGUCUCCAGCAUAAUGCCACGAAUAGUCUCCAGCAUAAUGCCACGGAUAGUUUCCAGCACAAUGCCGCGGAUAGUUUCCAGCAUAAUGCCACGGAUAGUUUCCAGCAUAAUGCCACGGAUAGUUUCCAACCUAAUGCCACGGAUAGUUUCCAGCACAAUGCUACGGAUAGUUUCCAGCAUAAUGCCACGGAUAGUCUCCAGCAUAAUGCCACGGAUAGGUUCCAGAACAACACCACGGAUAGUCUCCAGCAUAAUUCAACGGAUAGUUUCCAGCACAACACCACGUAUAGUCUCCAGCAUAAUGCAACGGAUAGUCUCCAGCAUAAUGCCACGGAUAGUUUCCAGCACAAUACCACGGAUAGUCUCCGGCAUAAUACCACGGAUAGUUUCCAGCACAAUGCCAUGGAUAGUCUCCAGCAUAAUGCUACAGAUAGUCUCCAGCAUAAUGCUACAGAUAGCUUCCAGCCUAAUGCCACGGAUAGCUUCCAGCCUAAUGCCACGGAUAGCUUCCAGCAUAAUGCCACGGAUAGUUUCCAGCAUAAUGGCACGAAUAGGUUCCAGCAUAAUGCCACGGUUGGUUUUCAACCUAAUGCCACGGAUAGUUUCCAGCAUAAUGCCACGGAUAGUUUCCAGCACAAUGCCACAGAUAGUUUCCAGCAUAAUGCCACGGAUAGUCUCCAGCAUAAUGCCACCGAUGGUUUCCAGCAUAACGCCACGGAUAGUCUCCAGCAUAGUGUCACGGAUAGUUUCCAGCACAAUGCCACGGAUCGUCUCCAGCAUAAUGCCACGGAUAGUCUCCAGCAUAAUGCCACGGAUAGUCUCCAACAUAAUGCCACGGAUAGUCUCCAGCAUAAUGCCACAGAUAGUCUCCAGCAUAAUGCCACGGAUAGUUUCCAGCACAAUGCCACGGAUAGUUUCCAUCAUAAUGCCACGGAUAGUUUCCAGCAUAAUGCCACGGAUAGUUUCCAACCUAAUGCCACGGAUAGUUUCCAGCAUAAUGCCGCGGAUAUUUUCCAGCAUAAUGCCACGGAUAGUUUCCAGCACAAUACCACGGAUAGUCUUCAGCAUAAUGCCACGGAUAGUUUCCAGCAUAAUGCCACCGAUAGUUUCCAGCGUAAUGCCACGGAUAGUGUCCAUCAUAAUGCCACGGAUAGUCUCCAGCAUAAUGCCACGGAUAGUUUCCAGCGUAAUGCCACGAAUAGCUUCCAGCAUAAUGCCACCGAUAGUUUCCAGCAUAAUGCCACGGAUGCUGUCCAUCAUAAUGCCACGGAUAGCUUCCAGGAUAAUGCCACGGAUAGUUUCCAGCGCAAUGCCAGGGUUAGCUUCCCGCAUAACACCACGGAAAGUUACCAGCCAAAUGCCACCGAAGGUUUCCAGCCUAAUACCACCAGUAGUUCCCAGCCAAAUGUCACCGACAAUUUCCAGUCCAAUGACACGGAUAGUUUCCAGUCAAAUGUCACGAAUAGUUUCCUCCCAAAUACCACCGAUGGUUUCCAGCCUAAAGAUAUGGAUAGUUUCUUCCCGAAUACCACGGAUAGCAUCCAGCAUAAUGCAACCGAUAGUUUCCAGCAUAAUGCAACCGAUAGUUUUCAGCAUAAUGCAACCGAUAGUUUCCAUCAUAAUGGUACGGAUAGUUUCCAGCAUAAUGCCACGGAUAGUUUCCAGGAUAAUGCCGCGGAUAGUGUCCAUCAUAAUGCCACGCAUAGCUUCCAGGAUAAUGCCAUGGAUAGUUUCCAGCCUAAUGCCACCGAUAGUUUCCUGUCUAAUGCCACGGAUAGCUUCCAGCAUAACGCCACCGAUAGUUUCCAGCCUAAUGCAACUGAUAGGUUGCAGCAUAAUGCCACGGAUAGUUUCCAGCAUAAUGCCACCAAUGGUUUCCUGCAUAAUGACACGGAUAGUUUCCAGCCCAGUGACACAGAUAUUGUCCUCCCGAAUGCCACGGAAAGUUUCCAACAAAAUGUCACUGAUGGUUUCCUCCCGAAUAUCACCGAUGGUUUCCAGUCUAAUGUCACAGAUGGUUUCCAGUCUAAUGCCACGGAUAGUUUCCAGGCCAAUGGCACAGAUAGUUUCCUCCCGAAUGCCACCAGUAGUUUCCAGUCAAAUGUCACCGAUGGUAUCCAGUCUAAUGCCACGGAUAGUUUCCAGGCCAAUGACACAGCUAGUUUCCUCCCGAAUGCCACGGAUAGUUUCCAUUCUAAUGUCACCGACAGUUUCCAGUCUAAUGUCACCGCUGGUUUCCUCCCGAAUGUCACAGACAGUUUCCAGGUUAAUGUCACCGAUGGUUUCCAGUCUAAUGUCACUGACAGUUUCCAGCCCAGUGACACGGAUAGUUUCAAGUCUAAUGUCACCGAUGGUUUCCAGCCGAAUACCACCGAUGGUUUCCAGCCUAAUGUUACAGAUAGUUUCCAGUCCAAUGACAAGGACAGUUUCCUCUCGAAUGUCACGGAUAGCUUCCUCUCGAAUGUCACGGAUAGUUUCCAGCAUAAUACCACGGAUAGUUUCCAACAUAAUGCCACCGAUGGUUUCCAACAUAAUGCCACCGAUGGUUUCCAGCAUAAUGACACGGAUAGGUCCCAGUCCAAUGACACAGAUAGUGUCCUCCCGAAUGCCACGGAAAGUUUCCAGCAUAAUGUCACCGAUGGUUUCCUCCCGAAUAUCACCGAUGGUUCCCAGUCUAAUGUCACGGAUAGUUUCCAGAGCAAUGACACAGAUAGUUUCCUCCCGAAUGCCACGGAUAGUUUCAAGUCUAAUGUCACCAAUGGUUUCCAGCCGAAUGCCACCGAUGGUUUCCAGCCUAAUGUUACAGAUAGUUUCCAGACCAAUGACACGGACAGUUUUCUCUCGAAUGUCACGGAUAGUUUCCAGCAUAAUGCCACAGAUAGGUUCCAGCAUAAUGCCAUCGAUGGUUUCCAACAUAAUGCCACCGAUGGUUUCCAGCAUAAUGACACGGAUAGGUCCCAGUCCAAUGACACAGAUAGUGUCCUCCCGAAUGCCACGGAAAGUUUCCAGCAUCAUGUCACCGAUGGUUUCCUCCCGAAUAUCACCGAUGGUCUCCAGUCUAAUGUCACGGGUAGUUUCCUCCCGAAUACCACCGAUGGCUUCCAGCCCAAUGGCACGGAUAGUUUCCAGUCUAAUGUCACCGCUGGUUUCCUCCCGAAUGUCACGGACAGUUUCCAGGUUAAUGCCACCGAUGGUUUCCAGUCUAAUGUCACUGACAGUUUCCAGCCCAAUGACACGGAUAGUUUCCAGUCUAAUGUCACCGAUGGUUUCCAGCCGAAUGCCACCGAUGGUUUCCAGCCUAAUGUUACAGAUAGUUUCCAGUCCAAUGACACGGACAGUUUCCUCUCGAAUGUCAUGGAUAGUUUCCAGUCGAAUGCCACUGAUAGUCAGUUCCAGCCUAAUACCACUGAUGGGUUACUGCCCAAUAUCACCGAUGGUUUCCUGCUGGACAAUACCGCCGAUUGGAUUGAAAAUGCCAGUGCCCUGGAAUCAACAAACACUACAGUGUUGAACAGUACCACCGAUUUGGACAAUCCAAGCACACAAGGAACGCCUGCAAGCCCUGCAAACUGGACAGAAGAGGAGGGGCAAGGUUAUGAGGAUGAAGACCCGACCAUGCUGAUAAACAGAACAGGAGCUGCUAAUGAGACCAUGAGGAGCAACACUAGUAACGACAUGCCCGGUUCUGACAUGCAAGCAGCAUACAACCAUAGUACUAUGCCAGUGGAGCAGUGGGAUUCUGAAAAUACGACCACUGUUGAAGCAACAGUUGCAACUGACAUGCUCACAUCCAACCAGUCUGAGCUUGGUAACGAUACUGUGGAUGAAAACCUUACACGGAAUGUGAACGUGUCAUCUCCGGUUCAAAGUAGUACCAACGGAGAAGUUGCCGUAAUGCAAAACGAUUCAUUGCUGGUUGCGGAGUGUCCUUGCUGGAAUGGAGGUGUUUGUGCUCGCAUUGAAGAAACAAAUGAGACGACUUGCUUGUGCAGCGCAAACUUCACAGGAAGCCUAUGCCAGCAGGAAGUUGCUGAUGUUGCUGACAACUGCCUGUCUGCUCAGUGCAAUAACAGCGGAUCGUGUGUAUCAACAGCGACCGGUUACCAUUGCGUGUGCUUUGUGGGCUUCACGGGCAGCAUGUGUCAGCUUGAGACGUGUGAUACGUCGCCGUGCGCUCCCACAGCAACAUGCGUGGAUGGACGUGACAGUGACGGAUACCAAUGCCUGUGUCCUGAAGACUACACAGGCAGCACCUGCACUGACCCAAUUGUGCCAGGUGACUUAUGCACGGUUAGCAAUCCAUGUCAUGACGACCAGCACUGCAUCAGCAAUGGUACACACACUGAAUGCCAGUGCAUGGAUGCGACGAUGUAUGGGCCACGUUGUCAAUUCUGGAUGAACGAAAGCUGUCUUUAUGAACCCUGUGAGAAUGAGGGUGUCUGUGUGGAGGCAAGUAAUGGUAGUCUGCUUUGUCAGUGUCCACCGGAAUGGCUUGGUAAGCUUUGCACUGAACCCUUGGACGUCUGCAGUACAUUGUCCUGUGACCAUGGUUUGUGCAUGCUGGUGCAGGAUGGCAAUUUAACUAAGCAUGAGUGUGUGUGCCAUGUUGGAUGGUCCGGUUCAAGCUGCUCCAAAGUCACAGAAGCUGUCUGCAGCCUGCACACUAGCGUGUGCACUAACAACGGGACGUGCGUGCCAGAUGGGACUUCUCCUGAGGGCUACGCAUGCAUUUGCCCAGAUGGUGAUGGCGAUGCACAGUGCGGGCCAGUGGAGGAUCCAUGCACGCUCAACCCAUGCUUGAAUGGCGGUAUCUGCACCGUGGUGACAGCCAAUUCUAGCGACAGCCCCGGUUUUGACUGUGUCUGCACCGUUGGCUUCUCCGGCCGGACGUGUGGUGUUAGUCCGUGUGAUGGUGCCGAGCGGUGCAGCGGACGUGGAACAUGUGUUGCUAGCUCACUAUCUUUAUCUGGCUACGACUGCCUGUGCCUGAAUAAGUAUGAAGGUGAGCAUUGCCAGACACGCAUUGAUCCGUGCAAAUCACAGCCAUGCUUGAACGAUGGCAAGUGUCAACGCACUACUGCAGUUUCCAUACAGCAGUACAACAGCACUGAUGAUAAGAAUGGCGACAGCAGCAGCAGCAGCAGAAGCAAUAUCACUGGGAGGUCUUCUAUCAGGAGCAGCGACAACACCACUGCAAGCAGUGAAGAUGAGUUUGAAUGCACAUGUCGUUCUUCAUACACCGGUGACCUGUGUGAACAAUGGAUCCAUCCCUGUUCCCUGAUAGAGUGUCAUGGUGCAGGCUCAGCAUGUCAUAGCUUGGACAAUGAGACCUCUGCGUGUAUCUGCACUGCAGGUCGCACCGGCUUCUUUUGCGAGACUCUCCUUCCAAUUGGUUCAUGCGAAUCAUCACCCUGUCCCAAUAACUCUGUCUGCGAACAAGGACCAGCUAAUAGCUCAACAUACUACUGCCGAUGCCAUCAAGGGCACACCGGCAAGUACUGCAAUGAAUCUAGUGAUCCAUGCGAAGACUCACCGUGUCAAAAUGGUGCAACAUGUGUGGUGAACAGUGGGAAUUCCUCCACGAACAUCGACAGCGUGGAUGCAUGCAGUUACAGCACACCAUGCUACAAUGCAUCGCGUCCUGGUGUUGCGUGCGCCUGUGCCAGUGGCUGGACGGGCGAAGACUGCUCGGAGCCGACCUGCACGGCGACUAGAUGCCUCAACUCUGGCACAUGCAUCGAUGAUCCAACGUCAUUGCAUGGUUACAUGUGCAUGUGCAAGCAGCCGUACGGUGGUGAGCAUUGUGAGGUGUUGACGGAUGCCUGCUGGUCAGUGCCAUGUCAUUACACGGCUAACUGUACAUCCGUGCCCGAUCCAGCAACCGGAGAUGCCGACUUUGUUUGCCACUGCGCCGGUGGAUUCAGCGGCAGGCACUGUGACAAUCACACUUGUUUGAACAAUGCCGCAAUCUGUUCUGGGCAUGGAGUGUGCAUGGUCAGCAACACCAGAGACACUGGCUACUCGUGUGUAUGUGAUGCUGGAUAUACAGGAGAUGAGUGCCAGUCUCCUGCCGAUCCUUGCCUGUCCUCGCCGUGUUACGGCAAUGCCACAUGCCAUGCCUCCGCCAAUACGCACCGACGUGACUCCGCAGUGGAACUGGGCCAGGCAGCACACUUUACCUGUCAGUGCAACUGGGACUACACUGGUGUGUUCUGCGAGUCCCAUGCCGAUCCGUGUGCACUGCUGGAGUGCUUUGGCACGGGUUCAGAUUGUGUGAUCGACGCUAAUAAUAAGACCUCCUGUUCGUGCAGUAGUGGCAGAACCGGGCAGCACUGCCAAAUUGUGCUGCAUCCAUGUGAUCUAUCAAUAUGCCAGAACAAUGGGUCAUGUGUGCGGAGUAAAAUUGACCCGACCGGGUACAUAUGUCACUGCCAAGAUGGACACCACGGGCAACAGUGCCAGGACUGGAAUGGAAUAUGUCGAAGCCAGCCGUGUCACAACAACGGCAAAUGUGUGGAGACAGGCGUCAACCAAGCUGCCGCCUUCCGCUGUGAAUGCACGCCCGGCUGGGAUGGAGCCCUGUGCGAGCAGCGCAUCUCGCCUUGCCAAUCGUCACCAUGUGCUGCCGAUGCAACGUGCACUCUGACGAGUUCUGACCCGGCUAGCAACAGCAGCAGUGGUUACACAUGCAUGUGUCCACCCGGCAGCUUUGGCGCAGCGUGCCAGUACAACACCUGCUCGUCAUCGCCGUGUCACAACAACGGGUCGUGCCACGUUGAGCCCGAGCUGAGUAGAGGCUACCGGUGUUCCUGUAUGCCCUACUACACCGGCUAUCGAUGUGAUGUGGAUGUUGAUGAGUGUGCCAGUCAGCCAUGCUAUGGCAACAGCGAGUGCAGGGAUCUGCUGGGUACCUAUCAUUGCUUCUGUCCGCCGUUCUGGUACGGGCAGAACUGCCAACACUACUUGCCGGAUCCCUGCUCCAUCAAACCAUGCCAUAGCGGUGCGUGCUUUUCCACGGCAUCUCGUGCCAACUACUCGUGUGUAUGUCCGCUAGAAUGGACAGGUCAGCAUUGUGAGGUUGAAGUCAAGGUGACAUGUCUUGCAUUGCCCUGUGGAAACAAUGGGACAUGUCUGGAUCUACGCAAUGGUUCAUUCAUCUGCCAGUGUCCUGAUGGUCUGGUCGGUGAGCUCUGCGAGGUGGACAACACAACAACCACUCCAUCACCGACAAGGCAACACAACGUCACUGCUACCGUCACAUGUGCAGAUAUCGACUGCGGGCACUUUGGUAAGUGUGCGCACAAUGUUCAGCUCAACACUGUACGCUGCGUUUGCCUUUAUGGCUUCUCGGGCGAACAGUGCGAACAUGCCCUGGGUGGCUUCCACUGCGUGCAGACUGGUUGCGAGAAUGACGGCCGUUGCCAGAACGAUACAGGCCGGUGUGUGUGCCCUGAGCCAUGGCGUGGUGAUGAUUGCGGCGUGGCCAGUGGCCAUUGUACUACCGCACCGUGUGCUGCAAACGCUGCGUGGUGCAGCGAGAGCAAGGCGGCGGGCACGUACAGCUGUAGCUGCAAACGUGCCUACACCGGUGCCCAUUGUGGGCAGUGUGUGGACAGCUGCAGUCGCUUUCCAGAGGUGUGCGGCGACUUCGGUCGCUGUCAGGUGUCUCCGUGCCAGGUUAGAGAUGACAGCACGGUCGCCUAUGCUAACGCCGCACCCACCCAUCACACUCACACAGACGCUGAACUCGGGGGGAAUCGCUCGGUCUGCCAGUGCGAUCCGGGUCACUACGGCGAAUUCUGCGAGAAGCAGCUGAGCUCCUGCCAGGGAGUUGUGUGCGAGAACAAUGGGACAUGCCUUGAGCAGUCUGGCACUGUGCAUGGGCAGCAAGUCAUCACCUGCGCCUGCACAAACCCGCACUGGGCAGGAACGAUGUGCGAUGAAUGUGCUCUGGACUGUCUCCAUGGUAACCCCGAUGCCCAGUGCAAGCAUUGCUACUGCAAACCUAACUGGUCCGGCCAGCAUUGUGAUGUGUGCCGGGGACGGGUUGAAGCCGAUCAGUGCAAGCCCUAUUGUCUCAAGAAAGGUUUCUUACCAGUCAACGGUACUUGUUAUGCAUGUGGAAUACAGAACUGCCUGCGCUGCACUGGGCUGAAGUCUAAAGAUGGUGGCACGGCGGCAGGCAGCAGCACUGCAAUGUGCCUGUCCUGUACUGAUCCCUACGCUCAAGUCCGGGGACGAUGCGUUGCCAUCACUACCUCAAGUUUUGAAGUAACAACCAAGAGACCUGGCAUCCACAGCUGGCUAAUCAUCGUCCUAGCUGUUGUUGGUGUGAUCGUAUUGCUGAUGCUACUCCUGUGCGUUGCAUUGCUCAUACGCAAGUGCUUGCGUCGCCGAGGCUCGUACACUCCUGGCAGCGUGGACAUGGCCUACGGUGCCAAGAGCAGCGGUGCAAGCGCCUUGCCCAGCACUCCAAGUGUCAGCAGGGACAUCAAGAUGCUGGCAAUCGCCAGGAAACCGCCUCUGGCAACCAUGGUCGUACAGAAUCCUGGGGCCGACGACUCAUUCGCAGAGGUUUCGCUGGAGGAGUCCAACAUGUGAACUCGACACUAUCCGGUCUACUGCUCCUGAUGCUGCUAUGGACAAGGUCAAAGUGGCAUUUGCCAUAGUACGGGACGCUAAGCGGCAAGCUCACAGAGUAUGAAGAACGUGCCAUGAGAACAGUGAUACAGUAGGACUCCUGAUCCCCCGCAGUCCUCCUGCAUGGAAUAUUUACCGCAAUACUAUUAUAUUUCCUCUUGACGUAACAAUCUUGAUUUAGCCCACUGACCGGCCCUUGCAUUCAGGCUGAUGCGACUGCACUCUCUGUCUCUCGAGUCAAGGAAGAAUGGCAUAAUGGAGAACAGAAGACGUGAUUGUCUGUGAAAACACUAUAUACUCAGGCAGCCAUUCGCACAUGCGCAGUUUGCAUGACGCUCUAGCGUUGUUCUCCAGUGAAGCUUAAAGAAUGACAUCAUUGGCUUCAUGUAAAUGGUCUACACAGCAAUGUAAUAACACUUGUAAUAUGUGACAGUUCGCGUACAAUGUCCAUUGACACAAUAACCAUGAUAUUAUUGUGCAACACAUGGUUCCGCUGCUGUUCCUCGGCUAGAGAUUGCAUGCACCCGCACAUGCGCUGUACCGCGUGAAUAAAGCCUCUCUGAGCUGCUCGA